AUGGCCAUUUUUGCCUGGAUCCCUGGAUCUACUGCUUUACCGUUCCCUGGUUCAAGCAACAAACAGCGUCCGAGUAUAUUUUCGGUAAAAUCGAUAUGGGCUUCAGAACAAGAUAGGCAGGCAGAAAUAUGUCAGUUAUAUAACUUUUGCAACUUGAAGGAAAGGCGCUGGCUUAAGAACCUUUUAAUUGAAGAAUCGGAUUCAGAGUCGGGAGGGGAAGCGCCUACCACGGAAGCCGAUUUACGUGCUCUUCUUAAGGCAAAUGCUUUAAACGCCCAGUAUACGUAUUAUGCAGCUGGGCUAUUAAGCAAUUAUGAUCCUUUCCCAGAGCAUCAAACCUUAGUGCAACAACAGCUUUCACUGUAAUU